GGCAAGAAAAGACACCGUCACCUGAGAGAUGAGAAACCAACCAAACAUCCCUUACUUCCAUUUCUAGAACGCCAGUAAAUGGCAAAUACCUGAAUCUCUCUCUCUCUCUCUCUCUCUCUCUCUGAAGUCUCAACCACGAUUAGUUACUCUCCACUCGCUUCACUGGCAGCACAAUUCGAUUCAGCCCCACCGAGCAGCCACUGUUUCUGAAGAGAGGGAGCAACACUGCGACAACGCUCUCGCUGCGCUCUCUCUUUCUCUCUACACGAGCCGGGGACUCGGCAUCUUGCGCCGCCAUUCGGUCUCCUUCUUCUCCAAUGAGGAGGAGAUCGCCGACGCCGUCGUUCUCCAACCUCCGUCCCUCUCUCCUCUUAGCCUUCGCCGCCGCUUGCUUCUUCCUCUCUCUGCCUUCGCUUCCUUCUGUUGGUUCUGCGGUUUCCGAUCAGUUCGAUGGUAUCAACGCCACCGAAUCGGGUAAUGUGUCGCGGUCCAGGCCGAGGGAGGACAGCUUCGCCGACAUGAUCGAUCGAGCUCUUGAGAAGGAGUUCAACGAGACUGAUCAGGCCGAAGCAAAUGAUGCGGGCAGCUUCAACAAUAGUGUUGCUGAACAACAGGCUGUUUUGGAGACUGUAGCAAGAGUUAAGCCCAAGAAGAAUGAAACGAAAGAGGAAAAAUCAUUUCAACUUCAUAAUGUUUUCAAUCUGGAUAAUGACAACAGAGGAGAAGAUACCCCUACUUUGAUAGAUCGAAAGGACAAUGUCUUUAUCAUAUCCAAUUUCAAGUCAAAAUAUCCAGUGCUCCAGUUAGAUUUAAGAUUGAUAUCAGAUCUUGUUGUUGUCAUUGUGUCUGCAACUUGUGGCGGCAUCGCAUUUGCUUGUGUUGGACAACCGGUUAUUACUGGCUACCUGCUUGCUGGAUCCAUUGUCGGACCAGGAGGAUUGAGCUUUGUGAGUGAAAUGGUGCAAGUUGAGACGGUGGCACAAUUUGGUGUAAUUUUUCUUCUUUUUGCUCUAGGGUUGGAGUUUUCAACAACUAAGCUUCGAGUUGUCCGCGCGGUUGCUAUUCUAGGAGGCUUGCUCCAAAUUUUCCUAUUCAUGUGCUUGUGUGGAGUUCUAGCCUCACUAUGUGGUGGUAAACCGUCAGAAGGUGUAUUUGUUGGUGCAUUUCUCUCAAUGUCCUCAACAGCAGUGGUGUUAAAGUUUUUGAUGGAGAAAAACAAUACCAAUGCCCUUUAUGGACAAGUUACCAUUGGCACCCUUAUUUUGCAGGAUUGUGCUGUGGGUUUGCUCUUUGCCUUGCUGCCAAUUCUAGGUGGAACCUCAGGUGUUCUACAGGGAGUAAUAUCCAUGACAAAAUCCUUGGUGAUCCUGAUAAUCUUUUUGGCUGUUUUAUCAAUAUUAUCCCGCACUUGUGUACCAUGGUUCCUCAAACUCAUGAUAAGUCUAUCAUCGCAGACCAAUGAACUCUAUCAAUUGGCAUCAGUUGCGUUCUGCCUACUAGUAGCCUGGUGUAGUGAUAAGCUGGGUUUAAGUUUAGAACUGGGUUCCUUCGCUGCUGGAGUGAUGAUAUCAACAACUGAUCUUGCUCAGCAUACGCUUGAACAAGUUGAACCCAUCCGCAAUUUCUUUGCUGCUCUUUUUCUUGCUAGCAUUGGGAUGCUGAUCCAUGUUCAUUUCCUCUGGAACCAUGUGGAUAUCUUAUUAGCAUCAGUUAUAUUAGUGAUCAUUGUAAAAACAGUUGUUAUUACUGUAGUUGUCAAGGGGUUUGGAUACAACAACAAGACUUCGAUUCUUGUUGGAAUGUCAUUGGCACAAAUUGGGGAAUUUGCUUUUGUUCUUCUAAGUCGUGCUUCUAAUCUUCACUUAGUUGAGGGGAAAGUUUACCUGCUGCUUCUUGGGACGACAGCUCUGAGUCUGGUUACUACCCCAUUGCUUUUCAAGCUAAUACCUGCUGUGGUACGUCUUGGGGUACUGCUACGAUGGUUCUCCCCCGACAGUCAGAGUGAGAUCGGAUUCAAAGGAGAUAACCUCCGGACAGAGAGCGCUAAGCAGAGAAUCGCCUUAAUUUCCAAGGAUCUCCUGAUUCAUGAAGGCUAAACAAAUGGGAUAUACAUAAAUUUUCAGUUUUGCAUCUGACAUGUAUGUAGCGUAAGUGCUGUCCAAGUUCCUUAAUGGGUGGGUGACAGAGCCAGAGUGCUCAAAUUGACCUGCAGCUUGUGUUAUUUGUCAUACAACGUGUUCCCCUGUGUGUUACAUGUCUCUGACCCAAAAUAGAGAUGAGAAAGCAAGUUGAACCUCAGAAAUGGAGAGAACAGGAUAGCGGUCUUUUUUCUAGCUUCCAGGACAACUAACCCGUAAAUGUGACCUCUUCUCACGGUGCGUCUUUUCUUGCCCUUCCCUUCUGUUCCAAAUGUAAAAUAAUCUCUCAGCUUUUGUAAUGUAGUUCUCUGGUUGAUAUGUGAUUUUCUAUGUCUUAUUUUUCAACCCGUUUGGUCAAAUUGUAAAAUCCAGUUAUCAUCAAUUCAUGCCAUUCAUUGAAGUUCUGUCGCAGUAUGAACCAAAUCUGAACAUUUAACUUAUGUUUGAGGAUUCCCGUUA